GAUCGAAAACGCACGGGCCGUGAGGACAUACAUAGAUACGAAUACAUCGGAGGAGGAGCACACCUGGGUUUCACUUGGAAGGUGAUGUGUGUUGGGGCGUCGCGGUGUUGACGAGGGCCCUUCCGCCGCGAUGCAUCCCAAAAUGGACUGGCUUCUCACAUGUCUCCUCGUCCUCGCGCUCGUCGUCCUCCUGGUAACUGGUCUACCGUCCCCGCAAUCAGGAGCUCACGGACAGCCUCAAGCUGGUGCUCCGCAAAGCACGCCUCUGCCAGGACUCGCAGUUGCACCUUCGGGGAUGGGAGGCGGCGUGGGCGGAAUCCGAAGGAAUUGGGCAGGAUGGAGGGAAUGGCGCAGGGCUGAUCCCACGCUGAUCAACAGCCUCUGGAGGAGCAAAAUGGGAAACGGAAUUCGCAAACAAUUAGGCAAUGCGGAAGUAUACAUAAUGCUGGCCCUUCUGAUAGGUCUGGUGACCGUCGUGAUUGGAUGCUGGUUGUCGGAUAACUGCUGGUCACCGGAACCGGACCACGUGAUAACGGUGGCCUGACCGUUAGC